GGCACGCCCCCGGGGUGACGUCACACAGUGGCAGUGCCACGCAGCCCCGGGAGAAGCGAGGCGCAUUCUGACGUUGCGCUGACACGUCCUUGCAGCUGUUGCAGCGGUGCUGGAGGGCAAGAUGCGUUUCGGGGCGGCCGCGCUUUGCCUUUGCUUGCAGGCUUUUGCCCUUCUGCCUCUCCAAGCGGGCGGGCAACUGGGAGGUGCCGCUGCGGACCAAGUGCAGAUGGAGGUCUUGCACGCCCCCCAGGAGUGCCACCAAAAGAGCAAGAAAGGCGAUCUGUUGAAUGCUCACUACGACGGCUACUUGGCCGCUGAUAAAUCCAAGUUUUAUUGCAGCCGAACGCAAAAUAAAGGCCACCCAAAAUGGUUUGUUCUUGGAGUUGGACAAGUCAUCAAAGGACUGGAUAUUGGCAUGUUGAAUAUGUGUCCUGGGGAGAAACGCAGAGUAAUCAUUCCACCUUCGUUAGCAUAUGGGCUGCAAGGAUAUGAACCAGCAAAAAUUCCACCAAAUGCAACACUGAUCUUCGAGAUUGAAUUGUAUGCGAUAACUAAAGGACCACGCAGUGCCGAGGCUUUUACCCAAAUAGACUUGGACAGUGACAAAAAACUCUCAAGAGAUGAGAUAAGUGAUUAUUUGAAGAAAGAAUUUGAAAAAGAUGGAAAGAAACGUGACCCGUCGGUUCAUGGUACAGUUUUGGUUGAUAUAUUUAAAAGAAAUGACCAUGACGGAGAUGGGUUCAUAUCUGCAAAAGAAUACAAUGUCUACCAACACGAUGAACUAUAACUAAUCAGUACCAGGAGAUCUUUCAUUGCCUUAUGGACUGUAUGGGCCCCAAUCUAGCAAUUCUUCUUGCAUGGACUUUCAAUGGAAUGGACACUUCAAUGGAAUGGACAGGGCUGCAUUUAUAGCACUGUCCCUUCCAUUUAAAUCAGUAUGAAAGUUAGUUUGCCCUUCAUGCACACCAGAGUGAAGGUGGAGUUGUGGGUUAUAGGUGUAAGAGUUGCAGUCCAUUGAAAAGCCAUGCUCUGUUCUGUCCCCUUAAUGUCUCUGGGACUUGUGCAUGAAACUUAGAAUCAUAGAGAUGGAAGAGACCACAAGGGCCAUCGAGUCCAAUUCCCUGGCAUGCAGGGUUACACAAUCAACGAGUACUCCUGACAGAUGGCUAUCCAGCCUCUCUUUAAAAGUCUCCAAAUAAGGAGACUCUGCCACUCUCUGAGGUAGCUUAUGCCACUGUCAAACAGUCCUUACCAUCAGGAUGUUCUUCCUAAUGUUUAGGUGAAAAUUCUUUUUCUGUACCUUAUUUCUUGUCCUAGUCUCUGAAGCCGCAGAAAUCAAGUUUGUUCCAUAUUUAAACACGGCUAUCAUGUCACACCUUAACCUUCUCCAGACUUAACAUACCUGGCUCCUUAAACCACUCCUCACAGGACAUGGAAUCCAGACCUUUAACCAUUUUGGUUGCCCUCCUCUGGACUUGUUCCAGCUUGUCAGCAUCCUUCUUGGUGCUCAGAACUGGACACAGUAUUCCAGGUGAGUCUGACCAAUGUAGAAUAGAGCGGUAUUAUUACAUCCUUCUAUCUAGACACUAUAUUCCUAUUGAUGCAGCCAAGAAUUGCAUUGGCUUCCUUGGCUGUCACAUCAUGCUGCUGACUCAUGUUCAGUUUGUGGUCUGCUAAGACUCCCAGAUCCCUUUCACGUGUACUGUUAUCAAGCUGGGUGUCACCCAUCUCAUAUCUGUGCAUUUCAUUUUUUUCUGUUUAAGUGUUGGUAUCAUACCUUUUGGUUUGGUCUGUCAACCAAUUACAAAUCUAACAGUUGCAUUGUCUAGCCGACAUUUUACUAGCUUGCUUGAAAUAAUGUCAUGGGGGACCUUGUCAGAGACCUUAAAGAAAUAAAGGCAUGCUACAUCCACAGCAUUCCCUUCAUUUACCAAACUUGUCAUUAUAUAUUAAAAAAGAGAUUAGUCUGGCCUGACUUGUUUUUGAGAAACCCAUGUUGACUUUUAGUGAUCACAACAUUCCCUACUGAGUGUUUACAGAUUGUCUGUUUAAUGAUCUGCUCCAGAAUCUUUCCUAGUUCUGAUGUCAGGCUGACUGGGUGGUAAUUGUUUGGGUCCUCUUUUUUCCCCUUUUUGAAGAUGGGGGACUAUUAGCCCUCCUCCAGUCUGCUAGGAUGUCUGUCUUCCAAGAAUUCUCAAAGAUUGGUUCUGAGAUUACUUCUGCCAGUUCUUUUAGUACCCUGGGAUGUAGCUCCUCUGACCCUGGAUAAUUGAAUUCAUUUAAAGAAGCCACAUAUUCCUGUACUACUUUUUUGUUCCGUGCUGAAUUUCUCCUACUGCAUCUUCUGUUCCAUUUCCUCUGGUUGAGUACUGUUUUCCCUUUGGGAGAAGGCCGAGGCAAAGAAGGUGUUGAGUAGUUCUGCCUUAUCUCCACGCAGUGACCCUAUCAUAUUGUUUUUCUUCCUUUUGCUAUGGACAUAACAAAAAAGUCUUUUUUACUUGCUUUUAACCUCUCUAGCAAGCCUGAGCUCAUUCUGUGCUUUAGUUUUUCUGACUUUCUCCCUAGACAUCCUGGCUAUUCAUUUUAAUUCCACUUUGGUGAUUUCCCCAUUUCCAUUUCUUGUAUGUGUCCCUUUUAAAUCUUAGUUCAGUUGAAAGUUCUGUAGACACCCAUUCUGGUUUCCUUAGACACCUCCUAUUUUUUUCCUCAUUGGAACUGUUUGAAAUUGUGCCUUCGAGAUCUUGCUUUUAAGAAACUCCCAUCCAUCAUGCACUCCCAUCUCUUUUAAUAUACUUAACCACAGGAUCACACCUAGUAGUUUCCAAAGUUUACUGAAAUCAGCUUUCUUAAAAGUCUAGAUUGUGUGUCUGACUACGCUUGGCAUCCUGUUUCCACUGUACAGCAAAUUCCAGGAGAACAGGUGAUCCCCACCUAAGGAUCCUACCACUUAACUUGUGAUUUGGAUUUAUAGCUGAAACAUUCCAAAAUGUGUGUGUUAUUUUCUGUACUUUGUAUUGCGAUUUUUAUGCCUUCUCAAGAAUAAAAGUAGUUACAUUUCAGUAACAGAGUUUGAUAAACUGUGAAAAA